AUGCAAGCUCAGCGUGACAAGGGGCGGAAGGUUCGGGUCAAGCUCGACAUGAGCCUUUUCGAUGCUUCGUUGCUGAAGAAUGAGGUGGCGCUUGAGGUCGCUGUUGGCGUCCUCGAUAGCAACCUCGGGAAUCCAGCAAUGAGCAUCGAGCAUUUCAUUGAAGAUCUAAUGGCGAUUCCACACCUACUUGAGUUCGCUCUGUCAGUCAUGAGCGAUACUUCAACACGAAUUUUUUCGGAGUGGAUCCAUCGGAGCUUUCCUAGAGAUCCAGAAAAGUUCGCAUCUUCUGUUGCGGCAACACUGCUAUCUCGCUUCUCGUUAUAUUUCCACUUUUUGCCCUACUCAGCCACAGCGGAGGAGCCAGGCAAUCUGCACGAAUACCGGCGGUCUGUUCAACUUACCGGGCCCGUGCUUGAUGUGCUUGCCCGCCAAACCUUUUCUGAGGAGGACGACGAAGCUGAUGAAGAGGAUGCAUAUAUUGUUAAGAAAAGAGGCCAACAGAAGAAACGAAGGCGGGCUGCGCGUAGUACCGCCAUCGACCCGCAGAUCUUCAAAAAUCUGGGGCUUCAAAUUCCAACCACCAAAGUUGAAGCCCAGGAAUUGGCAUUCAAGAUUCUUGAAGAGCAAUGGGAGAUUCUUCAGUGUUAUAUCUCGAUGUUCACCUACCCGUCGCUUAGAGAGGCUAUUCGAAAGGCAUAUAUUCCACCGACGACCCUCUUCCAAGACGCAUCUGUCACUAAUACUGAGGUAGGGGAAGCACCAUCGACAGCUGCAGAGAUGAAGGGAAAUGAGAUACCUGCCGCAUAUCCGAUGGUGCAGCCUAUGAAAGCCGCACUGUACUUUGACAGCGCUGACGGAUUCGGAGAAUGGCGCAUUCUGAUAUCCACGCGCGCUGAUGCAGAUUUACGUCAGACCCGCAAGCGGGAUACUAAGCUCUUCGGGAUCAUAGUCAAGAAAAUCAAAGAGCUAUCAAAUGGUCACUUCUCCGACGAUAAUCAGAAACGACUGACAGGCACUGAGACUGACAUUCCCAUCUAUGAGGCGAAGAUGACGCGGGAUUCACGUCUUGUGUAUCAAGUUGACUGCGUGCCAGAGUAUGAAAGUGAUGUGGAACGGCAAGUGCUCAAAAUCUUUGGUAUCUACACCCAUGCGCAAUUGGACAAACGAUUUUGGGAUGGCGUCGGUUAUCAACUUGGAAGAAAGGGGAAGGAGUACAAACUACGCUGCGUCUUCCGCAACAAACCACGCCAAUCUGGAGGCAACGUCAUCAUGCCAGCGUCAUUUCCCCCACCCACGGAGGGACGCACUCUGGCACCAUCAUCAGGCUGGCCAGAUUUACACAAGGAUGAUCUCGAGAAGCUUCAUGACUUGCUUGUUCUAGAAAAAUAUGUCACUUUCUCGCAGGCCCUCUUGAACAGUAUACUGGCAGAGCAAGACGUAGCUCAUGUAUUCGACGUAUCGUCACAAGAGAAGAAAAUAAUUGAACAUCCCUCUUCUUGCUAUGUUCUUGGAAGGAGCGGCACUGGGAAAACAACGACGAUGCUGUUCAAAAUGCUCGGUAUUGAGCGUUCAUGGCAGGCGUUUGCAGAGACAAUGCCGAAACCACGGCAGUUAUUCGUCACUCAGUCCCGCGUACUCGCAGAGAAGGUUGAAGAAUACUUCUCGAAGCUGCACGAGUCGCUCGCCACAGCCAACCAAUCCGCAGAGGAGCUAAAGAAGACAGUAGCGUCGAAGACAGCUCGACACGAACAAGGUCUCGUGGAUCUCGAUGAGGAGAUCGACUGGCGUGGUGAUUUGCCGAAGCGAUUCGGGGAGUUGCAGGAUGAACAUUUUCCUAUGUUCAUCACAUUUGACCAGCUUUGCAGAUUACUGGAAGCCGAAUUUGGCGAGUUGUCAGGCUCCUAUGGGCUGAAAAAUGGUAAUCUAUCUGCAAUGAAAGAGGACAGUCCUGAAGAGGAGAACAACGAAAGCCUGUCUAACGAUUACAUGCAACAGUGCCGUGCAGCAUUUGUUUCCUUUGGAACAUUCAUGGAGUCGUACUGGACACACUUUCCCCAGUCCCUAACCAAGGGUCUAGAUCCUAGUCUGGUAUUUGGCGAAUUUAUGGGUGUUAUCAAGGGUUCGGAGCAGACACUUAUAGGCACGGCUGGGUUCCUGGAGAAGGAUGCAUACUGUGGUUUGAGCCAUCGGACACAGGCUACCUUCGCCAAUCAGCGGGACUUGAUAUACAAGCUCUUCCAGGCUUAUUUGAAGAGAAAGCGAGAACGUGGAGACUACGAUGCAGCUGACAGAACUCACGCCAUCUUGAAUGGCUUACGUGAAAGCGUACCGGGGAAACAAGUUGACUUUGUCUAUAUCGACGAAGCUCAAGACAACCUCCUGAUUGACGCCCUAGUCCUGAGAACAAUAUGCAGAAACCCAGAGACCGGUCUCUUCUGGGCUGGAGAUACCGCACAGACCAUUUCAGUCGGAAGUGCAUUCAGAUUCAAUGACUUGAAGGCGUUCCUGUACAGAAUUGAAACGAACGGAGGUACUGAGGCUAUGACUCGUACUCAGCCUGAGUCAUUCCAGUUGGCGGUGAAUUAUAGGUCCCAUGCCGGGAUCGUGAACUGUGCCCAUUCCGUCAUCGAACUCAUCACCAGGUUCUGGCCUCAUGCAAUUGAUACCCUCGCCGACGAAAAGGGUAUCAUUGAUGGCCUGAAACCUGUUUUUUUCAGCGGUUGGGAUGAAGAUAGCGUCCGCUAUGAGCAGUUCCUGUUUGGUGAAUCAGGCAGCCAUAUAGAAUUUGGUGCACAGCAAUGUAUUCUCGUCCGCGACGACCGCGCUCGCGAAAAAUUGCGUGAACAAGUAGGUGAUAUCGGCCUUAUAAUGACUUUAUAUGAGAGCAAGGGAUUAGAGUUUAACGAUGUUCUGCUGUACAACUUCUUCCAAGACUCCACUGUCGAUCUUUCUCAAUGGCGUGUAAUAUUGAACGCCAUGCCUCAGGACCACAGGGAAAAGCUGCCUGCCCCUCGCUUCGAUGAUGCCCGUCACAGUGGUAUAUGCCGCGAGUUAAAAUUUCUUUACGUGGCUAUUACUCGGGCAAGGAAGAAUCUUUGGAUCGCUGAUGGUUCCGGGAAAUGUGAACCGAUGCGGGUAUUUUGGACAGCGAGGGAUCAGAUUCAGAACUGCUCUCCGGGUACCGAUGUUCCACGUCUUGCCAUGUCGUCAACGCCAGAAGAAUGGAAAAUGACGGCUCUUGCACUUUUCAACGAUAGGCGUUACAGUCAGGCGAUGCAUUGUUAUGAACGAGCAUCUCUCCCGCGAGAGAAGGCUGUUGCUCAUGCUUACUAUCUCCGAGAGCAGGCUAGGUCAACCCCAGCCAGUACCCGUGGAGACGGUAUGACCCAGUCGAAGGCGUUCACCACUGCGGCCGAGGCAUUCUGGGGGUCUGCCGAAGAGGCCUUUUUAGAAAAAAGAUCUUAUUUUCGUAUCGCUGCUGAAUGCUACUCUAUCAGUGGGGACGAUGGCAAAGCUGCUCAUGCUUACUUCAAUGCAUCAGAGUUCACGCUCUCUGCGAAGUCUUAUAGAAAAGCGGGUUUGUUCGACGAAGCUGUUGGGGUCAUCCGUGUCCACCGAGAAGCAAUGAAUCAAGACGUCGUGGAGAGCAUCAUCGACGUGUCUCGGACAAUCUAUCUGAGGGAGCGCAAACUGAAACAAGCUAGGGACCUUUUCAAGUCUGACGAUGAAGCACUGGAAUACAUGGAUGAUUAUGGCCUCGAUAUAGCACGCGCGACCCUACUCGAAGAACUAGGCAGGUUCGCAGACGCUGCUGAACUUCACUUAUCGGAAGGUCGUACGCUUGAAGCAAUCGAGUCGUUUUCCAAGGACCACGGAAACCCAGAUUCGCUUCGACGUGCAUCUCAAUGUCUGCUUGACGGUAUGUGGAGCAGCCUUUGCUUUGGAGUCACACCAAAUUCCGAGCUGGCGACUUCCAACAACACCCUUCAAAAACUACUCCGGCUGUUGGCACGUUUAGACGUCACCGACUUGGACAGCAACAUGCGUGAUGAGGUGCUUAUGUUCCGAGCGAUUGUAUCAUCUGAGUUUGAAACGCUCUUACAACUGGGGGAGAAAUUUCUCCACGUACAUCACGACGAAGCUGCUGCUCUUCUGUGCUUCGAUCGUGUCUUUGGAACCUCUCUGAAACUUCAAACCGCGUCACUUCCCGAGAUUGCUGAACAACUGCGCAGCUUCCUCUUUUAUGUUCAGUUGCUGCAAAAAUUCGCUAAUGAUGUGGAUCCUGACAAUAAUGGUGUCAUCAGACGCUUGUUUGGGUUCCGUUCCCCUACACAAGAACUUUUUCUGCUGCCUAAAGAGACCUUUCUCUGUACACAGUGCCAAAUGUGUUCGACUCCAACAUGGCAAGUUACCGAAGAAGGGGCGUUGGUUCCACGAUGGGUGCUCAGAACCUUGGUCCGUCAGGUCCUCCGCGUCGAGCGUCUUCUUCGGCGAAUCCUGGUUGAAAACGAAGCAUGCCGUACAGCACGGACGUUACAGCCCUGUCUGUCUUACGUCGUCUAUGGUCAGUGCCACAGAAAUGAUUGCCCACAAGUUCAUACUAGUGCCGCGUCAUAUGAUGCGAAAACAUACAAUCUUCGAAUUCGGAUUCACCUUCAACAGAUCCUCAUCUAUCACACUAUAUUUGCAGUGGAGGAUGUAAGACAACAAGUAAGGCAGCGUCGACACUGGCUCCGUCAGUUGUACGAAAGUCUCAAUCCUCCAUACUACAAGAUGGGUUCAUUACAUAUACUGGAUGUAGCAGCCAUCCCAGAGUUUGAGCAAGGUCUUCAAAUUGUCGGAGUCUGGACUCGAGACCUCCUUCAAUCUCUCAACCCCUUUGUUUACAAUUUUGAGCUCUCGAAGUCAUUCAUGACAUCGUUGUUGAGGCUAUCGUCCCUUAGCUUUUCAUUUGAUCCUCAGUUUGCUCACAGAGAAAUCCCUACGAUCCGAUGUGUCACAGUUCGCAAGCCAAGGAUACUCCUACGAGAUCCUGGGAAAUAUUAUGUGGUACCUGAAAUUGUAGGCUUCCUGGCCGACACACAUCCUGCGUCUUUGUCCAUGGGCAUUCUAUUUGCGAAUCACAUACUUGAAAAGAGAGUCCCAGUGGACAUCAGCGUACUAUGUGACUUCUUAGACCAUUUGUGUGGUCUACUGGUUAUUUCUACUCGCUAUCAGCAAACUGGCACUCUCCAUGAGGUCACUCUUCCUCGUAGUUGGCUUAUGAGCCUCGCCCGAGGCUUUAAGAGACAUGGCGAAAGACAAACCAAUCUUCUGUCCUUAUAUAUCAAACCAAUGGCAGACUUGUUGGAGCAGAUCUACACGGGCUCAAAUGCAGAUCAUUUGCUCUUUGAAAGUCGGGAUUUCGGGUCGCUUGGCUUUGCCGUGAGACAAGUAUUCAUACUGCGCAUCUGCAAGAACUUGUGUCUUCUGGGCUACAACGUCAGGAAUGAAGAGCUACGGCGAAACAUUGUUAGAUGCAUAACUUCCAUCCGCAAGCCAGGCAGACAGUUCAGCUUCAUGCUUGAUGCAUAUGUGCGUGCAAAUAUUUGGGAUAAGCUUGCCAGAGAAAUACGCCAUUCUGCGAUUGGAACACCCCUGGACGAGAUGAUUCAUUUGAUUGCAGCAAACAAGCCGCAGCGCAAGCCUCUGCCCGGUAUGCGCCAAGUAGUCUAUAGUGUCAUGGAAAACAUACCGUCUCUCCUGACCACAACGGCGGUACUGCGGGCUAACGCUGCUGAAUUUGUACCUGCUCACCUUGCUACAGCAGAACCCACAGAUAACGCCGAAGAUGGCGGGGAAGAAGCGGACGAUGGCAAAGAGGAUGACGUUGAACAGGCGGUGGACUUCGAAGGCGUUGCGCUGGCUACUCAACCAGAGCGGAGUGCAGCUUCUGCCGAAUCGACGGAAAGGGAGAUCACUGCUGCCCAGGCCAUUCUUACGAUCUAUCGUCAGUAUGUUCGACGUUGCGCGAUCACCAUGAGCCCGUUGGGAGCGAUGAGGCUUCGUAUCCAAUCUGCAUUCGCAGAUAAAUCCAAGGAAUUGGAAUGGCCGCCGAAGUCUUUCUACCGACUCCUGUUCUUGGGUCCUCUACCGCAUCUUCUUGUCUCUCUUGAAUGCAUGCGCGAGCAUUUGUAUUUCGCGAAGAAGCAGGCGAGGAGGCGAGUCAGUAAGGUCGCGCACAUGGAGUUGGAGAAAGCUCAGGAGAGUGUCAAUAUUCAGAGUGAAUUGCUGAAGGAUGCAAUCCGACUCCACAAAGCGCUCGAUUUUCCCUCCGACUUGCACCAGCGGCGGAACGUGGACGAGUUGAAGGCGCUCGUGCUGAGCGUCGAAGAGCUCAUGUCGCGCCUUCCCGCCCGCACGACGCUGCAGUGGCAGGACGAUCUGAAGUUGGCGGUUAAGGGAAUUGUCCAGGAGAGAAGGAUGCCUGCAAAGAAGCCCAAGCCCGAGCUCAACGUCGAGGACGACUUUAGCUUGGAAUGCUAG